GCGUAGUAACAGCAUCCCAGCACCAGCUGUCUAGAGUUGUGUCUCAAUGUUUCAUGACACCUUCAAGAAACAUUUUACAAGAAACUAAAGAAGAGUGAUUGAAACUAAGUAUGCCUUCAUUGUCGGGUUUGCCUGAACCUUCGUUAUAACGUGCUUACAGCGUCUGCGUCCAGCCGCACAACUCAUUGCAGGAUGACAACCCUAUUCUCGUUGUAAAAUGAAGGAGCUGAUAAAGGCGCUAGUCGUGUACCAGCAAAAAACAUCUUGAUUCCUGGCAACUCGUUCUUGAGCAGGCCGAGCAGGUGUCCUUCACACAGUUCAGCCGAAGUCGUUGUUCUACGCUCUUUUCGUCCCAAGAAGCCUACGGUUGCAGAACGACACUAGAACUUCGGCUAGCGCAAGGAGGCUAACCUCAAGGACCGAAGUGGGAACGACGAAGAAGAAUGGCCCCAGUGCGUAUGUAUGCGGGGCGGCGACUGUCGCGAAGGGACAUGUAUUGGCCACCGAUGAAACGAACAUCAGCAAUUCCAAUAGGCGGGAGCGAAGGAAAGCGGGCUUUUGUUUUUCACGGAAAAAGCGAAGAAAGCGGGCUUCUUGAACCUCAAGUCGCAGUCACACUAACAAAAUCUCUGAAAAACAGACUUGUAUUUAUUUUUCAUAGCUGUAGUUAUUGUUGUUGUGGUAUUGCUUAUUGUCGAUUACCUAGUCUGUCACGACCAGUAUGUAUAUAUGACAGAGGACUGCGACUGCCUGUACCCUUCAUACACCACUAUAUCUUUUUUUGUUCUCAACAGUUUUCCUUGACCGCUGAGGAGCUAGGAGAAAUCGAAAAACUGGCACCCAGGAUAAGUGCCUAUUUCGAUCUCAGUGAAGACCAAGUUCGUGGCCGUGACCGGGAAGUGCAGCGUGAAAAGGAGCAUCAGUAUUUAAGAGUCUACUCCUUCAUAAAGAAGAUCAUGUAAUUAUACUUAGUCACUCUUGCGUAUGCGUUCGUUGUUUUUGGUAGAGGUUCUUUCUAGCUACAUCUCCAUCCGAAUCACGUCGUGGUCUGGAGAGGUGGAAUUUUUUUGGAACUGCAGAGGCAGUGAAAGUGAUGUAGUACUACCAAGUAGGUAGAGGUGGAAAUGACAUGCCAUGAAUAUGUUGAUGUGCUUCUAAUUUGGGACGAUUUCAUAUCAAGAAUGAUGACGAUACCUACGGGAUUACGAGCUUGGGCAGGGACACGCUUCGAAAGUGGCCAAUAGAGUCCGACGAGCCUUCGCGGGCUACUUAAUUUUAAUUCUGUGGUGCUACAAGAACAACACAGAGAUUAAAACCAGGAGAGUUGCUGCCAACUAUAUGUCAUCGCCGAAUGUCAAGCUUAAUGUUGUCUUCUUGCGCUAAAUGAAUUUUGCAAGCAAAAAAAUGAACACAAACGAAGUACCGCGAUGGAUUGUCAUGGAAUGAAUUUAACAAUAAAGAACUGAACAAAAAUUUGAUGAAAAUGUUUGCGUUCUUGGAACGAG